AAACCGUCGUUCACGAAACCGACAAGCUCAAUCACUUUCGCAGCACGAACAUCGUUCGUAUAUAUAAGAAUCAAUCUGUAGGAGUCAGAGGACGCGAGACCCAAAUCGAUAGGAAGGGUUUUUUUUUUAGGCGAUGACGAACACGGGAGGCGGUGCGGAAGCUCACGCGAGGUCUAAGCAGUACGAUUACAGAGCCAACGCUAGUCUCGUGCUAACGAGUGAGAAUCGUCCUACGCACGAGCCUUCAGGAGAACCUGAGACUCUACGGGGGAAGAUUGAUCCCAAGUCGUUUGGAGACAGAGUUGUUAGAGGAAGGCCUGAGGAGUCGUCGAAGAAGAAGAAGAAGCGACGUGGUGUGGUGGCGGAUGAUGAUACGGUUCUUCUUGCUCGGCGGAGUAAGAGGAGGCGUCUUAGGGAAGAGAGCGUGCUGACGGAUACUACGGAUGAUGUUGCUUAUUAUCAGCCCAAGACUAAGGAGACUAGGGCUGCUUACGAGGCUAUGCUUGGUCUUAUCCAGCGGCAGCUUGGUGGUUUGCCUUUGAGUGUUGCUGGUGGUGCGGCGGAUGAGGUUCUGGCCGUUCUCAAGAACGAUGCGGUGAAGAAUCAUGUGAAGAAGGAGGAGAUUCGGAAGCUGCUGAAUCCUAUACCUGAAGAGGUUGAUCAGGUGUUUGAUCAGCUUGUUUCUUUGGGGAGAUUGAUCACGGACUUUCAAGAGGGUGGUGAUGGUAAGGCUGAUGAGGAUGACGUGCUUGGUGAUGUGGCUGUUGAGUUUGAUGAGAGCGAAGAAGAGGAUGAGGAGAGUGAUCCUGGUUUUGUCCAGGAGGAGGAAGACGGAGAGGAUGAAGAGCCUCAGAAAGAUGGUGGUAUGCAGGUGGAUGCAGGGAGAAGUGACGAGGGUGCAGGAGAUGCGAAUGAGGGCACGAGUCUGAAUGUUCUGGAGAUUAAUGCCUAUUGGCUCCAGAGGAAGAUAUCUCAAGCUUUUGAGCAGGAGAUUGAUCCACAACGGUGCAAGGUGCUCGCAGAAGAGCUGCUUAAGAUACUCGCCGAAGGGGAUGAUGAUAGGGAUGUUGAGAACAAGCUGCUUGCUCAUCUUCAGUACGAGAAGUUUAGCCUUGUUAAGUUUCUGCUGCGUAACCGCCUUAAAGUUGUGUGGUGCACCCGUUUGGCAAGGGCAGAAGACCAAGAUGAGAGGAAUCGGAUUGAAGAGGAGAUGAGGGUGUUGAGCCCGGAGUUGGCAGCAAUCGUGGAGCAGUUGCAUGCAACAAGAGCAACUGCGAAAGAGAGGGAGGAGAACCUGCAGAAAAGUAUUAACGAAGAAGCCCGGCGGUUGAGGGACGAAGCUGGUGGAGAUGGAGGUAGAGGCAGGAGAGAUGUUACUGAUAGAGAUUUAGAGAGUGGUUGGUUGAAGGGUCAGCGUCAGAUGCUGGACCUGGAGAGCUUGGCUUUUGACCAGGGUGGUCUCUUGAUGGAGAAUAAGACGUGCAAGCUUCCCCCUGGCUCUCACAGAGAACAUGGAAAGGGAUAUGAAGAAGUUCACGUGCCAUGGGUUUCUAAAAAGAUGGAUAUCAAUGAGAGGAUUGUGAAAAUCACCGAGAUGCCACAUUGGGCUCAACCUGCUUUUAAAGGAAUGACACAGUUGAACAGAGUUCAGAGCAAAGUGUAUGAGACUGCCUUGCUUAACGCAGAUAACAUUCUUCUGUGUGCUCCAACCGGUUCUGGGAAAACCAAUGUUGCUAUGCUCACCAUACUGCAGCAACUUAGAAAUCAUAUGAACAAAGAUGGAACAUUUAACCAUGGAGAUUACAAAAUUGUCUAUGUUGCACCUAUGAAAGCCCUUGUUGCUGAGGUUGUCACUAAUCUGUCUAAUCGUUUGAAGGAUUAUGGAGUUACAGUGAGGGAACUCAGUGGGGAUCAGUCCCUUAGUGGGAAAGAGAUUGAAGAGACUCAGAUAAUUGUUACAACACCAGAGAAAUGGGAUAUCAUCACCAGGAAGUCUGGGGAUCGCACUUAUACGCAGAUUGUGAAACUUCUUAUAAUCGAUGAAAUCCAUCUUCUUCAUGAUAACCGAGGGCCUGUGCUUGAAAGCAUUGUUGCAAGGACUCUCAGGCAGAUUGAAACCACGAAGGAGAAUGUUCGCCUGGUGGGUUUGUCGGCUACACUGCCAAAUUAUGAAGAUGUGGCCUUAUUUUUGCGGGUUGAUCUUGAGAAAGGGUUGUUUAAAUUUGAUCGCAGCUACAGACCUGUGCCCCUCGGCCAGCAGUAUAUUGGAAUCAGUGUGAAAAAACCGUUGCAGAGGUUCCAGUUGAUGAAUGACAUUUGUUAUGAGAAAGUAUUGGCUGGGGCUGGAGAGCACCAGGUCCUUAUUUUUGUUCAUUCGAGGAAGGAAACAGCAAAAACUGCAAAAGCAAUAAAAGACAAGGCAGUUGCUAACGAUAAGGCCAGCAGAUUCUUGAAAGAUGAUUGUGCUAGUCGUCAAGUGCUUGCUGAUCAAGUCUCACUUAUUAAGAAUAAUGAUCUGAAAGAUCUUCUGCCUUUCGGUUUUGCUAUUCAUCAUGCUGGGCUAACAAGGGGUGACCGAGAGAUCGUUGAGGCGCUUUUUGGUGCAGGGCAUGUGCAAGUCUUGGUAUCGACUGCAACUCUUGCAUGGGGUGUGAAUUUGCCUGCACAUACUGUCAUAAUAAAAGGAACCCAAGUCUAUAAUCCUGAGAAAGGGGCGUGGAUGGAGCUGAGUCCUCUAGAUGUUAUGCAGAUGCUUGGUCGUGCCGGAAGACCUCAGUAUGACCAACAUGGGGAAGGUAUAAUUAUAACUGGCCACAAAGAGCUACAGUAUUAUCUUUCUUUGAUGAAUGAGCAACUACCUAUUGAAAGCCAGUUUAUUUCCAAACUUGCUGAUCAGCUUAAUGCUGAAAUUGUUCUUGGAACCGUUCAAAAUGCUAGAGAGGCUUGUCAUUGGCUUGGCUAUACCUAUCUGUAUAUACGUAUGCUUCGUAAUCCAACGCUGUAUGGUCUAGCGCCUGAUGCCCUUGCAAAAGAUGUAGUGUUGGAGGAAAGAAGAGCUGACCUGAUACAUUCAGCUGCUACUAUCUUGGACAAGAACAACUUGGUCAAGUAUGACAGGAAAAGUGGAUACUUCCAAGUCACUGAUUUGGGACGCAUUGCUAGCUACUACUACAUAACUCAUGGGACCAUAGCUACAUACAAUGAACAUUUGAAGCCAACGAUGGGUGAUAUAGAUCUUUAUCGUCUAUUCUCACUCAGCGAGGAGUUCAAGUAUGUGACUGUUCGGCAAGAUGAGAAGAUGGAACUAGCAAAAAUUUUGGAUCGUGUCCCAAUUCCAAUCAAGGAAACUAUGGAGGAGCCCAGUACAAAAAUUAAUGUUUUGCUACAAGCAUAUAUUUCACAGCUAAAGCUUGAGGGUCUUUCUUUGACAUCAGACAUGGUUUAUAUAACUCAGAGUGCUGGACGUCUUGUACGAGCUCUCUACGAAAUUGUAUUGAAGCGUGGAUGGGCUCAACUGGCUGAGAAAGCACUGAACAUGUCUAAAAUGGUUGGGAAGAGGAUGUGGAGUGUCCAGACACCUCUUCGUCAGUUUCAUGGAAUUCCCAAUGAGAUUCUGAGGAACUUGGAGAAGAAAGAUUUGGUCUGGGAGAGGUACUAUGAUCUGUCCUCACAGGAGCUAGGAGAGCUUAUUGGUAGUUCUAAGAUGGGCAGACCGCUUCACAAGCUCAUCCACCAGUUCCCAAAAUUGGUUCUUGCUGCACAAGUUCAGCCUAUUACUCGAACUGUUAUGCGGGUGGAGCUCACAAUUACACCCGAUUUCCAGUGGGAUGAAAAAUAUCAUAAAUAUGUUGAGCCAUUUUGGAUUAUCGUGGUAGACAAUGAUGGUGAGAAGAUCCUUCAUCAUGAGUAUUUUCUUUUGAAGAAGCAGUAUAUUAAUGAGGAUCACACUUUAAACUUCACUGUGCCAAUCUUUGAUCCGCUGCCACCUCAGUAUUUUGUCCGAGUGGUUUCAGACAAGUGGCAUGGCUCGCAGACUGUGUUGCCUGUAUCUUUCAGACAUCUUAUUCUUCCUGAAAAGUACCCACCACCGACAGAGCUACUGGACUUGCAGCCCCUCCCGGUCACGGCGUUAAGGAAUCCAAAUUAUGAGAGACUUUAUCAUGAUUUCAAGCAUUUCAAUCCGGUGCAGACUCAGGUCUUUACUGUUUUGUAUAACACAAACGAUAAUGUGUUGGUUGCUGCUCCAACAGGAAGUGGAAAGACUAUAUGUGCCGAGUUUGCUAUACUGAAGAAUCAUCAAGAAGUAUUCCUAAGGCAUGAAGAAGAUAAGAAAAGGCAAACUGGACCUGAUGCUACAAUGCGUGUUGUGUACAUUGCACCUCGAGAGGCUAUAGCUCAGGAGCAGUUUCGUAUCUGGGAGAGGAAGUUUGGUAAGGGUCUUGGUUUACGGGUUGUUAAGCUAACGGGAGAGACGGCAUUGGAUAUUAAGCUGCUUGAUAAAGGUCAGAUCAUCAUAAGUACUCCUGAGAAAUGGGAUGCUCUUUCCCGCAGGUGGAAACAGAGAAAAAACAUUCAACAGGUUAGUCUUUUCAUUGUCGAUGAGCUCCAUCUAAUAGGUGAAGGUCAAGGUGGUACAGUGUUGGAGGUAGUCGUCUCUAGAAUGAGGUAUAUUUCAAGUCAGGUCGAGAAUAAGAUCAGGGUUGUUGCACUUUCCACUUCCCUUGCAAAUGCUAAAGAUCUUGGGGAGUGGAUUGGGGCCAGUUCCCACGGCCUUUUCAAUUUCCCUCCUGGAGUCCGUCCUGUUCCACUGGAGAUCCACAUUCAAGGAGUGGAUAUAUCCAGUUUUGAAGCUAGGAUGCAGGCGAUGACCAAACCAACGUACACCGCUAUAGUCCAGCAUGCCAACAACAAGCCGGCAAUAGUUUUUGUUCCAACCUGUAAACAUGUCCGCUUGACUGCUGUGGAUCUGAUGGCUUACUCUCUCAUGGACAACCCGCAGAGCCCUGAGUUCCUGAUUGGGAAACUGGAAGAUCUGAAGCCUUUUGUUGACAAAAUCCAGGAGAAAACACUGCAGGAGACAUUGCGCCAUGGUGUUGGCUACUUGCACGAGGGUUUGUGCAGUCUUGAUCAGGAGAUUGUGAUGCAGCUCUUUGAAGCUGGACGAAUUCAGGCUUGUGUGAUGAGCAGUUCAUUAUGUUGGGGCACUCCAUUAACUGCACAUUUGGUGGUCGUAAUGGGGACACAGUAUUACGAUGGAAGGGAAAAUUCGCAUUCAGAUUAUGCAGUCUCUGAUUUGCUUCAGAUGAUGGGGCGUGCUAAUCGACCUUUGCUUGACAAUGCCGGGAAGUGUGUGAUAUUUUGUUACGCACCUCGUAAAGAGUAUUACAAGAAGUUUCUGUAUGAAGCCUUCCCUGUGGAAAGUAAUCUCCAGCAUUUCUUGCAUGAUAAUUUUAACGCAGAAGUGGUUGCUGGGGUUAUAGAGAACAAGCAAGAUGCUGUGGAUUAUCUUACAUGGACUUUAAUGUACAGGAGGCUUCCCCAGAACCCUAACUACUACAAUCUCCAAGGAGUCAGCCACAGGCAUUUGUCUGAUCACCUAUCAGAGCUGGUUGAGAACAACUUGUCUGAUCUAGAAGCCAGUAAAUGCAUUGAGAUAGAGGACGAGAUGGACCUCUCUGCUCUCAACCUUGGUAUGAUUGCAUCCUAUUAUUACAUCAGUUACACCACCAUGGAGCGUUUCAGUUCUCUUUUGUCUUCUAAAACCAAGAUGAAGGGACUUCUCGAGAUCUUAACGUCAGCUUCGGAGUAUGACAUGAUCCCAAUAAGGCCUGGCGAAGAGGACAGAGUUCGGAGGCUCAUCAAUCACCAGAGGUUCUCUUUCGAAAACGCAAAUUGCACAGACCCUCAUGUGAAGGCAAACGCGCUUCUUCAGGCGCAUUUCUCCAGGCAAGAAGACAUGAGCGCGAACUUGACAAUGGAUCAACGUGAGGUCCUUCUAUCUGCAACCAGACUUAUUCAAGCAAUGGUGGAUGUGAUAUCGAGCAAUGGCUGGCUGAAUCUUGCUCUGUUAGCUAUGGAAGCUAGCCAGAUGGUGACUCAAGGCAUGUGGGAGCGGGACUCUAUGCUUUUGCAGCUCCCUCACUUCACGAAGGAGUUAGCCAAAAGAUGUCAAGAGAAAAACAUUGAAACCGUAUUUGAUUUUGUGGAGAUGGAGGACGAAGAACGCCAAGAGCUUCUCAAGAUGGAUGACACUAAGCUUCUAGACAUUGCCAGAUUCUGCAACCGCUUCCCAAACAUCGACCUUAGUUACGAGGUUGUGGGCGGCGAAGAGGUGACCCCGGGUAAAGAUGUGACAUUGCAAGUAGUGCUAGAGAGGGACAUGGAAGGGAGAACAGAAGUGGGGGCGGUGGAUGCACCCAUGUAUCCCAAGAUGAAAGAAGAAGAGUGGUGGCUAGUUGUGGGGGACACAAAGACGAACCAGUUGGUGGCAAUCAAGCGAGUCUCGUUGCAGAAGAAAGCAAAGGUGAAGUUGGAUUUCCAAGUACCGAGUGAAGCAGGAGAGAAGUCGUACACACUGUACUUCAUGUGCGACUCUUACUUGGGUUGUGACCAGGAGUACUCCUUCUCAGUUGACGUCAAAGAAUCCAGCGCUGAAGAUCACAUGGAAGAGUGAUUUUUGUGUGUUUCAGGCAUUGGCGAGAGUGAUAAAAACUGGCUUUCAUUCUCUUCGGUUCGGUGCACCAUUUGCAAUCUCAACUUUCUAGUGUAUUAAUAAGGUGUAAAUGCAUCAGUGCUUUUUUUUUUCUGGGAACACACAGAUUGUGUUGUUUUGUUUCCCUUCUUUGUUUUCUAUGGGAGGAGACGUGUAAGAAAAACUAAUUAUAUCUCUGAGAUUGUACAAACGAAUAUGAUUCAAUGCAGCAACAUUUUUAAUUCAA